UUUAAUCAGUUAACCGAAAAAUUUCAUUGUCAUUGGAAGUUCUCGUAUCGAAAGUGAAAAUGCGUUCCGCGAUUUUGUUUGGCCUAAUUGCCUGCUUGGCUUUUAGCCUUGUCUUGGCCCAGGAGCAGUCACCAAAGCAGUCCAACGAUCUGUCGUCAGUGGAGAAGGAUAUUGGCCAAGCUGUGGAGUCCCAAGUGCGAGCUAAGAGGCAGUUCGGCUUCGGUGGUCCAUUCGGUGGAUUCGGAGGACCCAUUGGCUUUGGCGGACCAUUCGGAGGAGGAUUCGGCGGUCCCUUCGGAGGCUACGGCGGAGGAUUUGGUUACGGCCGUCCCUUCUACGGAGGCUAUGGAGGCUUUGGACGUCCCUUCUACGGAGGCUUUGGACGUCCUUUCUAUGGCUAAAAUCGAAGGCUAUACUAGGGCUAUACCAAUAAACGAAGACUGAAGACUUAGAUUGUGUGUUUAUUCUGAGGUGCUGGGGAUAUUCCGAGUCCCAAAAUUAUCUCCCAACUUGACCUCGUCCCAUAUGAAUGUGUGUGACCCAAAACGACGACGUGAUCGAAGGCGGGAACCCGGGGGCUGGGGAAUAUUUUAAAAAUAAAUAACAGAAAAUCUC